UCUGAAACAAUGACUUCCACUGAAAACAGACAUGAAGAAGUGACAGUCAAAAUCCCGGAAAUGCAUGGACCUAUUUAACACUUCUGAGGAAGUUAUUGAACUUUUAACAAUUUCUGACACUUCGCUGUGGCGACAGAUAAUCUUUAUAACUCUGGAUGUGUUCAAGCGUUAGAAGUCCAUAAUGUAUCUACACUCCCUUUCUCUGAGAGCUCUCCUGUUUCUGGGACUAUGGAACUCAAGUAGAAAGAGCUUGGCUUCUGCCCCACAUCUUGGAGAUCAGCCCAAAAAGAUUGCUAUUGUUGGAGCAGGAAUCGGUGGUACAGCUACGGCAUAUUACCUGAGGCAAGAGUUUGGUCCAGGGGUAAAGAUCGAUGUUUUUGAAUCUCAUGCAAUUGGUGGGCGACUACAAACUGUUAAGAUCGGUGAUUAUGAAUAUGAAGUGGGCGGAUCAGUUAUACAUCCUCUCAACCUCCAUAUGAAGCACUUUGUUGACAGAUUAGGCAUUUCUCCAAGAAAAGAUGUUGCAUCCAAAAUGGCAAUUUUUAAUGGAAAGGAACUAAUCUUUGAGGAGAGUGACUGGUUCAUUGUAAACUUCUUGCGUUUUCUGUGGAGAUAUGGGUUCAACCUAAUACGAAUGCAGAUGUGGGUGGAGAGUAUUUUGGAUAAAUUUAUGCGGAUCUAUCAGUACCAGCAGUAUGGCUACUCCUUCUCUAGUGUGGGGAAACUCUUGCAUGCCAUGGGUGGUGAUGGAUUUCUGACUCUUAUGAACCAAACAUUGGAGGAAACGAUGAUUGGCGAAGGAUUUUCACAAGUUUUCAUCAAUGACCUAGUUGAACCCAUCACUCGAGUAAAUUAUGGUCAGAGUGUACGCAUUAAUGGGUUUGUAGGAGCAGUGUCUCUAGCCGGAGCAGAUUCAGGCCUUUGGGCUGUAGAUGGAGGCAAUAAAAGAGUUUGCUCAGGAUUGUUGUACAACACCAAAAGUGAACUGAUCCCAGCCAAAGUAACCUCAAUAGCAGUAAAAGUUCGACCAUCCAAGUCAGGGGCAGCAACUAGCUUCUAUGAGGUCAACUACACUGGGGAAGAUGGUGCUGCACACUCUUUGUAUGAGAUUGUAAUAAUUGCUACUCCACUUCACUCUGGUAAAUCAGACAUCACCUUUUCUGGUUUCUCCCCACCCAUCCCCUCCCACUACUCUGGGCGCUUCCAUCAGACUGUUGCCACUCUGGUCCAUGGCUUUCUGAAUGUGUCCUUUCUGGGCACCACAGCAGCCGCCUCAGACUUUAUGGUCUCUGAUGUCCUCACCACAGCUUCAGAGGGCUCAGUCAUCAACAGUUUGAGCUCACUGGACCCUGUGCACAUUCCUCCUGGGUACAAGCCAACCCCUGCAAGCCACAAGAAAGUCUGGAAAAUCUUCUCCCCAGACCCACUGACACAGGAGCAGUUGAAGAGCAUGUUUCUUUCCUGGGAUUCUGUGUCUGAAUCGCGCUGGUUGGCCUAUCCAGCUUACUCUCCACCACAACGAAAAACCCCACCAUUAAUUCUACACAACCGUCUGUACUAUUUAAAUGCUGUGGAGUGGGCUGCCAGUGCUAUGGAGAUGAGUGCCAUUUCAGCAAGAAACUUGGCUUUACUGGCUCACCAUCGCUGGCAUGGACAGAAUGGCAAAAUUGACCAGGAAGAUUUACACACCAGGCUGAGAGGAGAACUCUGAGAAAGGAAGUGGCCAUAGUUAAAAAUACUGCACUGAAACGGUCAGGGUUAAGCUCUUCAGGUAUCUCUGUGGGAUGUGCCUUUUUUAAUUUCAAGCAAAUUCUGUGUAAUAAUUAUUUAAAUUAUACAGUUUAGGUAAAUGGCUAAAGCUUGUUCAGUGACUUUUUUGGGUGUAUGGUGGUCAUUAAGUCAAGGUCACCUAGUUUGGAAAUGUCACAUGGCUAUUCAUUUUCAUUCAUGUACUUCUGCAUAUUUACAUUGGGCAACAGAAUUACUGGUGCCUAUUCUAUUAAAUCCAAUAGUAAUGGAUCUAAAGGCCACAACACUGUGAAUUACACACUGCAGGGUGGAGCACUAAAUAUUGCUCAAUUUGUGUAGAAGUAUUUGAUUUUUAAAUGUCUUAAAUAUUUGAGUGUAUGGGUUGCUUUUUGUUUGAGUGAAAUCUAUUACUGCUAGAUUUUUUGUUUAGUUUUGCUUAUGCCUUGACAUAAGUGUGGUUGUAACAUUAAUUCCUCUGUCUUUAAAGAUUCUGCUACUUGUGGCAAUAUCAAAUUUCUUAUUUGUUUAUUUGUUAACUGCUGAGAAUUUUUUAUUUUUUUUAAAUUGUCUGAGAAUUAGGUGAUUCAGCAAUAAUAUUAAUAUUUGCACUUUUAAUCAAAUCAGUGAACCUGUUGUAAAACUUUACAAAAAUUUAAGAACAGGCUCAUUUAAGUCCAAAUGUUUACAAUAAAUGUAAUAUAAAUGGA